GCAGGCUUCCAUCAUCUAAAAGCAAGUACUUUUUCUAUCUGCUUCUUCUUUUUGCUUUAAAAGUAUUGAUUUUACUCACGUAGUAAAAGAUCGUUUAGAGAAGUGGUUCUCUCUCCCCCCCCCCAAACCUCUGUUCGAGGUUCCUUAGAAGCUUAUCAGGGGUUCUGAAUUAGAAGGUCAGUAAUGGUGGACAGGCUUCCUUUAAAUUGCUAUUGAUUUUCCCUCUCAACAUUUGGCUGCUUGGGAUUUUUGCAUGUUUUGAUGUUUUUAAAAGCACUGAGAAAAGUUGGUAAAAAUACAGGCGUAGGAAGCUGCCUAAUAUUGAGUCAGUUAAUUGGUCUACAUUAACGUGCAGUAUACAGUGGUACCUCGGGUUACAGACGCUUCAGGUUAUGGACUCUGCUAACCCAGAAAUAGUGCUUCAGGUUAAGAACUUUGCUUCAGGAUGAGAACAGAAAUUGUGCUCUGGCGGCGCAGCAGCAGCAGGAGGCCCCAUUAGCUAAAGUGGUGCUUCAGGUUAAGAACAGUUUCAGGUUAAGUACGGACCUCCGGAAUGACAAGCAGAUGCUCUACCACUGAUCUAGAGAAGAUAACAUAUUUUAUUCCUCAGUAAUUUAACCCAUCAUUAUAAGAGCCAGUGUGGCUUAACGGUUAAAGUGUUGGACCACGACCUGGAAGGCCAAGGUUGGAAUCCCCACUCUGCCAAGAAGCUCACUGGGUGACCUUGGGCCAGUCAACAUCUCUUAGCCUAACCUGCCUCACAUGGUUGUGAGGAUGAAAUGGGUAGGAGGAGAACCAAGUAUAGCACCUUAAACUCAUUGGAAGAUAAAGUUGGUAUAUAAUUGUGAUAAAUAAACCAAUAAUAACUACUGGCAACAUUUAUUUAAUGAAAGUAUUUUCAGGGUGGAAAUACAAUUCAAACCAAGAAUAUUUUUUUUUUAAAUAAUUUUUAUUAAAGUUUCAAUAAAAAGUUGAACAGAAAAAACAUAAAAAAGAAAUACACAAAUACACAAUACAAAUUCCCAAAAAAAGAAAACAAAAAAAAAAGAAACAGAACAAUUAAAAACAAUAUCACUUUUUCAUUUCCCUUUUUUAAAUUUACUUAUUUUCUGGACUUCCUCAUACCUCCCUCUUUUGUAUUCCAGUCCAAAUUGUUCCUCCAGCAAUUUCUUUUCCACUUUUUAACCCCAAUCUUUAUUCUUAGUGUAAUAUAGCAUUAAAAAUUUACCUCUUAAGUACCAAAUUUCCCUUUCCUUUAACUUAUUUACUCCUAAUCUUUAAUCUUGAUGUAAUAUAGCAUUAAAAUUUUACCUCUUAAGUACCAAAUUUCCGUUUCCUUAAACUUCUUUAAUCCUGAUCUUUAAUCUUAGUCUGUCUUAUAAUUUUAUCCUGUACAGCUGGAAACCACUUAUUUUCAAUCCAACAUCACUCUAACAUUCCUUAAUUUUGCAAUAUUUCUGUAAGUAGUCUUUGAAUUUCUUCCAAUCUUCUUCCAUCGCCUCUUCUCCCUGGUCACGGAUUCUGCCAGUCAUUUGCGCCAGUUCCAUAUAGUCCAUCAGUUUCAUCUGCCAUUCCUCCAGCGUGGGAAGUUCUUGUGUCUUCCAAUACUUUGCGAUAAGUAUUCUUGCUGCUGUUGUUGCAUACAUAAAGAAAGUUCUAUCCUUUUUUAACACCAUUUGGCCGACUAUGCCCAGGAGAAAGGCCUCUGGUUUCUUAGGGAAGGUAUAUUUAAAUACCUUUUUUAAUUCAUUAUAUAUCAUUUCCCAGAAAGCCUUAAUCUUUGGGCACGUCCACCAAAGGUGAAAAAUGUACCUUCAGUUUCUUUACAUUUCCAACAUUUAUUAUCGGGCAAGUGAUAGAUUUUUGCAAGCUUGACUGGGGUUAUGUACCACCUGUAUAUCAUUUUCAUAAUAUUCUCUCUUAAGGCAUUACAUGCCGUAAAUUUCAUACCUGUGGUCCACAACUGUUCCCAGUCAGCAAACAUAAUGUUAUGUCCAACGUCCUGUGCCCAUUUAAUCAUAGCCGAUUUUACCGUUUCAUCCUGAGUGUUCCAUUUCAGCAGCAAGUUAUACAUUCUUGACAAAUUCUUAGUUUUGGGUUCUAACAGUUCAGUUUCUAAUUUUGAUCUUUCCACCUGGAAGCCAAUUUUCUUGUCCAAUUUAAAUGCCUCCAUUAUCUGGAAAUAAUGGAGCCAGUCUCACACUUUGUUUUUUAAUUUUUCAAAACUCUGCAAUUUCAGUCUAUCUCCAUCUUGUUCCAAAAUUUCCCAAUCAAUUCAAACCAAGAAUAAAACAGAGUAAGAGCAAAACAUAAUGCAGAAUUCAAUUAGAAAUAAAACCAACCAUGGAUGCAGAAAUGCUAGUGUCCAAAGGGGCAUCUUACCCGUAGGCCAGUGGUGUCCAAACUUUUUUCAAAGAGGGCCAGAUUUGAUGAAGUGAAGGGCUGUGAGGGCCAAGCAAAGUUGUUGACCUUUUUUUAGGAUUGAAGUUGUUGAGGUUUUUUUAAGACCCCUCCCCGGGUCCUGGGCUCUCAGAGGUGCCAGGCCAAGAGUCUGGGGCCUGAGAGUUGAGUCUGGAGAAGAGCCUGCCUAUCAGUUGGAGUGCUGUGGUGGGCUCUUCUGCUGCUCCGUGAGUUUAGGGGCGACCAAGCCAGCGAGACGCUGAGGCAGCUGGCUGGCUCCACCCUGCUCUGCGCCCGGGACUGGGCAACUGGGGGGGGGGGAAUCUUUACAUCCCUGUGCUGCAUAUGCUUAAGACAGCCCUGAGUGCCCAACUCAACUUCCUCCUCUUGGACAAAGAAGUGUUUCUUUACUCGCUGGUGAAAUGACUGCAGUGUCCUGAUAAGGCUCGCAUCAGAGUUGAGGAUCCUCCAAAUUUAAGGAGCCACCCCAGAUAAAUUUAUUCUGUAUUUUCUGCAUCUGGCUGACUGCACCUGCUGCACCACAGCCAUAAUGAUUUUGCUCAAGAGAGAUCAGACACAAUUGUCCUUAUUUAAGACCAAUGUUUGAACAAGGAAGCUGCUCUCAGUAGCAUUAACAUCCAGCUUUUUCAGCAGAUUUUUUAACUAUUAUCUCAAUCUUGAUUCAAAAAAAGAAAAAACUUUAACAGAAGACUUCUGCUUCGUAAAACAAAACAAAACAAAAUAUUAAAGCAGGAGUGGGGGACCUCCAGCCCUCCAGAAAGUGUUAGACUACAAUUCCCAUCAUCCUGAACUAUUGGCUGUGCUUGCUUGGGCUGAUGGGACCAACAACAUCUGGAGGUCCACAGGUUUCCCAUCCAUGCUCCAAAGCCUCAUUGUCCUGCAUUUCCCACACUCAUUUUAAUUCUGUCCUGCAUGUUUGUAUAUGUGUGGGUUGCCAUAUGUCAUCUUUUCCCAGGACGUGUCCUCUUUUUCAUGGGUAGAGUUGUCAUAGCGAUCCAUAGCUAAAAUUAGAAAUUGGUAAGUGUGUCUACUUUUUUGCUCUUCAAAAUAUGGCAAUCCUACAUGUGUGAAUUUGUGUGUAGAGUGGCUAUGCUCACCUUUUGCCACACCCACCUUUGGCAUGAAGUUCCUGGAGAGCUAUCUAAGGGCGAACAAAUUAUUCACCCCUGCUGUUAAAAAAAAGUCUUUUACCCAUGUUUUCUCUUUUUGUUGGUGGGUCUUCAAUGUUUUAGAUAUGUUAUUGUCUGGUUUGGAUUUUGUUGCAGAAUCUUGGUUUUUACAUACAGUGGUACCUUGGGUUAAGUACUUAAUUCGUUCUGGAGGUCCAUUCUUAACCUGAAACUGUACUUAACCUGAAGCACCACUUUAGCUAAUGGGGCCUCCUGCUACCGCUGCACCGCCGGAGCACAAUUUCUGUUCCCAUCCUGAAGCAAAGUUCUUAACCCGUGGUACUAUUUCUGGGUUAGCAGAGUCUGUAACCUGAAGCGUGUGUAACCUGAGGUACCACUGUAUUGAUGAUUUUAAUGGGAAACACUACAUUUAAUUUUUGCUUUGGAUUAUAAAUAGCCUAGAGCUUCUUUGAAAGAUAUGUGUGGUGUACUUUUUGUUAUUAAAAAGUUAAAUAAACAAAUAGACCUCACUCCUUGCCCCAACGAAUUAAUUUUCAUUGAGGGAAAUAACCUCUGGAUUUAAGAAUACCUCUUUACACUUAAAUAAAUACCCUCAGAUCCACUGAAUGGACACCUGGAAGGAGACUUUGAUUUUUCCAAAAAUUGGAAAGCACAGAUGCCUCAUAAUUUGAAAAAGUUCUUCAGCUAUUGCUCAUCAAAGUUUGCAUUCCCCCCCCUUCAAUACUACAUAUCCUAAUUUGUGAGAAAUCUUCAGUCUCCUCCAAAGAUCGCAGGCACUUCACCUUUAAAAUCCAGAAAGACAUUUUCAAAGGACAAGAGAGAAAAUAUUUUUCUCCGAAGGAAGACAACGAGAUAACUGUGAUAUACAUAUGCACAUGCUUAUACAUACAAAUAUAUCUCCUAGCUCUCUGUUUCCAAGCCAAAUAGCUACACUUCCUCUCCUUUAUUGUAAAAAAUAACUUGGGCAGAGUUUUCUUUCCCAGACCAUAAAUAUACACUGUGUGUAUUGCUCAAUUUUAUAAAUGACUAACAAGUGCGGUUGAAAAAUAAUUUCUUUCCUGCACAGUGACCAGUUUGUUUUGGCCUGACGUGAUGAAUAGCUUUCUUAUAACACACUUCUUUACCCACACAACACCCCCCCCCACUCCAGUUGCAGGGAAGAUUUAGAAGUCUGCUGAUUAAAGAUGGUAGUGCAGCCGAGCUGGUAUUUUGACAGAAGAAACGGAAGCGAGCAUUGUAUAAAAAUGUAAUAGGGGAGGAUCUCUUAAAGGACUGUUGUGGGAAUCGAGGGUUAUAUGAUUACUCUUGCUUCACAUAAAAACUAGUCUGAGGAUUUAUUUUUGCCUGACCGCUGGGGCUUUGAAGUUUCUGAAAAAUGUUAUUUUAUACAUUGGGCGAACAAAUGCCCUUGUAGCAGAAAUAAAUCACCUCUUUGUACAGAACAAUCAUACAUAUAUUUGGCUACAAGCACCUCGUUUCCUGAGUAAUUGUGAACAGUCUGGCAAGCGUUGAAACUUUCCUUAGGCUGAGCUGAAGUAAAAUAAGCCUUGUGCCUUUGUUAUGGGAGUUUGGUAGCUCUAAGGCACAGCUUGACACUCUUUGGAAUGUCUUGUUUUCAAAUACUACCAUUAUUACUAAUAUUAUUAUUAUAUGCAUGGUGUUGUAUUCAUACUAAUGGAGGCAGGGAUAAACUAGGCUUGCUGACAUGUAACAGUCAACACAGGUGCAAUCUGUCUGUAUACAUGCACAAGUGUUUAUGUGAAAGAAUAUACACUUUUUGAUUUGUACAGCUCAGUUGUUGUGUACAUAUUGUAUACACUGGUUGAAUGUUACAUGUGAACAGCUGUAUGGGUGUACAGCUCAACCAUCUGUGCACACAGGUACAUAGAUUGUACUCUUGUUGAAUGUAAUGUGUGGACAGCCCUAUGUGAAUAACUACACCACUAUCUGUGUUGCUGGAGUGAAAGGAUGACCCAUACUUAGACUGAAAGCAGUUGGAAGAACAAAGAUAUCUAGAGAGUAGCAAAAGGGCUUCCCUCAAUCACAGUUAUAUUUGUCCCUUUUGGUGAGUCAUGGGGUCAGAGGUUCUACCCCCUCCUUGAUUUCCAACUACUAUGGUGGGUGAGGAAUGAUGUCUGAAUCCUACAGCCAGAAGCUAGGGUGAGGUUAGACAGGCCAAAUGACUCAUCUCUAAAAAAGCAUUCUCCCUUACAGCACAUGAGAUGCAGGUCUCAUUAAGUUGAAUGGGUCCAACUCUCAGAUAACUUUGUUUAGGACUGAAGCCUGAAACACUCUCACAAAAGAGAAUGACUGUUUUGUGUUGAUGUUUGUUUGUUAAUUAUUUUUAACAAAAAUAAUUGCAUAAUUGCUGCUCAAUUAAUGGGGGGGGGGACACCUUUGAGUCAAUGAGAAAGUUCUUAAAUUACCAAUGUUUGAUCAAUUGAAUACAUAUAACAUUUUAAAAAUUAUUAUUCUACCACUUUCUUCGGAACAGUGUUUAUUAAUUUAUUAAACUUACUGCCCCAAGAGGCUCUCAAGGCGGCUUACAAAGAAUAUCAAAAUGGAAAUCUUAUUCAAGUCUGGAAUCAGGAGGAGAAAUAACAUGGUGUCAGGAUUGUUUAGGUGGUAUUUUCUGACUUUAUUCUUCAUCUUGCACGGUGCUGCCCGUUGACCUCUACCUACUAGGCAGAAGAGCUUACUGAUACCCUCUGAGGCAGAGGAGUGGGGCUAAGCAGCUGGAAGCUACUCAACCCAUGAUAGAGGCAAAUAAAAUAAAUAUUCAGAUCUGAGAUGUUCUCUCAUUCAGUUGUUGUUUCUUGGGUCACUGGACCAAUAUUAAUAGCAAGAAAGUCCCCUUCAGAGCUCUUGUUGCUAGCCCAACACUGAGAAAGGAUUGUUCAUUUAGCCACAAGAAUAAAGGUCAAAUCACUUGGGAAACAGCUAAGUGGCCAAUUUCCCUGGAAAUAUAGCUGUAGGACAGGGUUGAUGAGCUAAAAAGAAAUGAGUUAAUCAUGAAAAUUAUCUUUCUUUUAAUUUAAAGGAAGAUGAAAAUUAUAAUGGACAGUGUGGUAAUUUUAUCCAUCACUUGAAGGCUAUUAUAACUUUUUCAUGCAUUUGCAAUUUACCCCCAAAAAGGACAUGAUUCUUUUGUGGUUUCCUUUUAUUCAGAUGAAACUUUGAGAAACUGUGUAAGAGUUAUAAAAUGGAGCUUUUAGCAAGUUUUCUUCCUAAUUUGCUAAAUGCAAAUUGACUUUUAAAAUAUAUCGCUUAAACAUAUCCUAUAUUUCUUCUGUCAUGGAACUUGGGCUCUUACACAAAUUCCUAAACCAGUGGUUUCCAAUUCUUUUGUACCCAUGGGCAUCUUUGCAAAGCCAGAGAAACCACUGUGGGCACCAUACAGGCACCACAACAAAUCACAAACUAUUUUACUGGAUGCAAUAGGAUGCUUCUUUCCAGACUUUCAGUGUGGGAGAGGACCAUGUGGGGUCCAUUGAAAGCCUCUGUGGGCACACAGAAUCAUAGAAUUGUAGAGCCAGAAUGGACCUUGAGAGUCAUCUAGUGCAACACCCUGCAAUACAAGAAUUUCAACAAAAGCAUCCAUGACAGAUGGCCAUCCAACCUCUGCUUAAAAAGCUACAAGGAAGGAGAGCCCACAACCUCCCAAGGGAGACCAUCCCACUGUCGAACAGCUCUUACCACAAAAAGUUCUUUCUAAUGUUUAGUUAGAAUUUCUUGUAACUUGCAGGUACCCUGCUGGUGACCCCUGUCCUUGGCAAGCUCCAGGCACUGACCCAGCCCUCUUUGCCUUCAGUAAGGUGGCUGCACCAUCUGCCUUCAGACUACAUAGCGCUGAGAAUACUGGCUAAUGAAAGCCGUGUGGACUCCAGGCUUUGGGAAGAAAGGUAGGUUAUGAAUUUAACAAAUAACCGAGCUCUGCACUAAACCAAAGAAACAACUAUUUGCACAAAGAUUGCCACAGUUCUGCACCCAAAUAAGGAGAAUUCUAAACCCCACAAGCAGGACAGAAGGGAAAUUCUUUUAUUUAAUUGAGUGUAAAUAACUGAGGCAUUACUGGGGUAAGAGCACUCUCUUUCUCUAUAUGCCACUUGGGCUUUUGACCUUGGGGUGCCCUUUAGAUUUGGGAGGUGCAAUGGGGUGAAUACUGACCUGCUAGUGCCACUGUGCACUUGUCGGGUUCAAAUAGUCACAGUUCUCAUAGCAAAGAUGAAGAAUUAUUUAUAAUCCUUUGCUGUGGGGCCACAGGUGAAGCCUAUAAACACAUCCAGGAGUGGGGAAUUUCACUGCCCAGGCUAUAUUUUUAUUUGGCUAAUUAUGUUUGUUUGGCUGUUUGCAGAUCCUCUAUAUUGUAUUUGAACAAAUGUAACUUUUUUCAUCAUGGUUAUGGUUUCUUCAGCCUUCUUUAAGGGUGUGCUGGCAAAACAACAUUCAUUUGUUCAAGACAUUUUUUCCAUCCACAAGAACAGACCUGGGAUAAAUAAAUUCUACUUCCUAUUCAAGCCUCACUGUACUGUUUGUGUUUUCUAAAGCUUAUUCUUAUCUAAUCUCCUAUCAUCUGCUAUCUCUGGCUAGCUGUUCAAAGCCACAGUAG